AUGGAUACAAACAGAAGUGAUCCAAUUUUAUAUGAAAAGUGUUCAAAGGAUUUCAUUUCCGCUGUCAUAGUUCAAAGUUCAAAAGAAAAUGCGGAACAGGAAUCUGGUGUUAAAUUGCUAGCCGAUCACAAAGCAUUUGUCGAUAGUUUACGUCGCAACAAACGCACUUGGAAAGUACCCUGGUUCAUAGUGUUAAUGUGUUUACUACAGAUCUCAAUGUAUUUAAUCGACAAUCGUUGCAUACGUCAGCAUUUGAUGUUUAUGCCGAAUGCUGUGCAUGAAUAUUGGCGUUAUUUCACAUAUAUGCUUCUACAUUCGGAUAUACUGCAUCUGUUGAUGAAUAUUUGUUUACAGUUUGUUAUAGCCUUUUGUUUGGAAAGCGAACAAAGCCACUGGAAAGUAGCAACAAUUUAUAUAAGUGGCGGAAUUUCUGGUUCAUUGGCCACACGUUAUUUGCAGCCCGAAUUGUCGCUGAUGGGUGCUUCAGCCGGUGUGUAUGCUUUAUUGAUGAGCCAUAUUCCGCAUCUUUUGAAGAAUUUUCCUUUACUCACCCAUCGUUAUUUGCGCAUAUUGGCAUUAAUGAUUUUAUUUCUGAGCGACAUCUGUUUUACGACAUUCCAUAUACUCAUCAAUCACAAUACGAAUCCACGCAUUUGUGUCGAAGCUCAUGUGGCAGGUGCUGUUAUCGGUUUGAUUUUUGGAUUUUUCAUUUACUCAUCCCAAGCUAAGGCCAGCAGUAAUGUGAUGAAGCAGGAACUGGAGCCGGGGCAGCAAUCGUGUAUUUUGGUUACAUGCAACAGUUGA